AGGUAAUCUAGGCUUAAGCCAGGCUCAAAAAUUUUAAAUCACUUGCACACCUCUCUGAUUUAUCUGAGUAGAGCUCAGAAUUGAGGCUUAUUGUAAACCAGGUAAUGGGCAGGUUUAAAGGAAGGUUUAUAGUGAUGGAGCAUUACUUUGAUGAGAUGGACCAAAUUUAUUUAGUGGAAAGACUUAUAAGGCGAGAGAGAAUAGUAAGAGACAGGACAAACCCUUUUUUGAAUUACUCCGAAGAGGAAUUUAUUGACAGAUUUCGAUUAAGAAAGGAAUGUGUACUUGAAUUAUUGAAUGAGAUUGGGGAACAUCUUGAGCCAAAACAAACGAAGGUUUCAUCAAUAUCACCUCUUAAUCAACUACUGAUAGCUUUACGGUUCUAUGGAACUGGGUGCUUCAUCCGAGUUUGUGGAGAUCUAUUUGGAGUUCACGAAAGUUCAGUUUCUCGCAUUGUGAAGAGAGUAUCAUCUGCACUGGCAUCGCGUUACAAGAAUUAUGUAGUAUUUCCAUCGGGAAAUAAAGUAACUGAAAUCCAAAGGGGUUUUAUGAACCAUAGUGGUAUUCCGGGAAUAGUGGGUGCAAUAGACUGUACCCAUAUCCCAAUACAAUCACCUGGAGGUGACAUGGCAGAGCUGUUUCGAAACAGGAAAGGAUUUUUCUCCAUCAAUGUGCAAGCAAUCUGUGACAAUGAUUUAAUGCUGACAAAUGUGGUUGCAAGAUGGCCGGGAAGUACGCACGACAGUCGGAUUUUCGAGAAUAGUAGUGUCUGUGCUCGUUUCGAAAGAAGAGAUAUUCCUGGGAUUUUGAUUGGAGACAAUGGAUACCCUCUCAGGUCUUAUUUAAUAACACCCCUUCUUACUUGCCGGACACCACAAGAGAGGCGCUUUAAUUUUGCGUUGAGUAACAGUAGAGUUAAAAUUGAAAAUGUAUUUGGCAUUUGGAAAAGACGCUUUCCUUGUCUACCUAACCAAUUAAGAUUCAAGAUUUCCUCAACCUUGCAUAUCAUUAUUGCUUGUGCAGUAUUGUACAAUAUUGCCAGGAAAGCUGCCAUCCCGGUACCAGAUGAUGACUAUGAAGGAGAUAUUGCAGUUCCAGUUCCGGUACUACCAAAUGCAAACCAAGGAGGACAGGCUUUAAGAGCAGUUUUAAUACGACAUUUUCAGUAAAAAAAAAACCAGGAGCCUAUUCUUGACGUGGUCUUGACGUCCAGGACCAGCAGCUUUUCGUUUGGUAGCAGAAGCAAUGGAUGCUGUUUGCGGCUGUUUAGCAGACUCUUCUGACAUUCUCGGCGCUUCCUCC